UCUCAAGAAACAAAUGCGAACAUUUUGGACAACCUGUUUUUAGCAUCAAAUAAUACUGAUGAGAGAGUGGGUGAUAACAUCAAAAAUAAAGUUGAGGAAGAAAAGACUCAAAUGAAACAUAAAGAAAGUACUGAAGUGUGGGAUAAUGAUGAUUUUAUUGCUAAUAUAAGUUUUAACCUGUUUUUAAUAUCAAAUGAUACUGAUGAAAAAGUGGAUGAUGGUAUCAUUGAAAGUAAAUCUACAUGGACUCAAGUGAAACAUAAAGAAAGUACUGAAGUGUGA